CCGCCCCCGACAUGCGCCGAGGUAUCGUCGCCCCUAUCCUGUUUCUCACCUGUAAUCACGCGCGUAAUCUUCUUCGGGGUAGUAAGACUUGGUCUUUCUCGAGGCAUAUACAAACCUAUCGGUUACACACUGCAGUUUAACUCCUUUGAAAUAGUACCAGAAAAUUUCUUAAGUCAGUAUUAAAAAUUGAUUUAAAAUAGAUCGUUUGAAAAUAAGUGAUUGUGAUGUCUGUUUGGGACGUUAUGCAAGACGUGCCAUUAGAUUUGAGUUUUCGCGGAACUGAGAAAAAAAUUAAUUUGACGGAUACUUCGAAAUUUCAGCGACGUUUGCCUUGUCAAACUUGCGGAAAAAAUUUUGAUAGACCGUCUCUCCUGAAGAGACACUUGCGAACGCAUACAGGUGAAAAACCACAUGGUUGCAAAGUAUGUGGCAAAAUGUUUAGCACCAGUAGUUCUUUGAACACACAUGCAAGAAUACACACUGGAGAACGACCUCACGAGUGUCCUAUUUGUGGAAAACGUUUCACAGCGUCUUCGAACUUAUAUUAUCAUCGUAUGACUCAUUAUAAGGAAAAGCCACAUAAGUGUAACGAAUGUGGCCGUUCAUUUCCAACUCCUGGAGAUCUCAGAGCACAUGGAUAUUCCCAUACCGGAAACUGGCCCAUGAGAUGUCCUGUAUGCAAUCGAGGAUUUUGCAAACCAGGAGCAUUACAUCAUCAUAUGCAACUACAUAACGGCGAUCGGCCCUAUCAGUGCACAGUGUGUGACAAGAAAUUUUCGAUUAUUGGAAAUUUGCGAACACACGAGCGAACACAUCAUUCGCAAUUUUCUAUAGUUAAUUUAAGAGAUUCUCCAAACGUUGAAACUGCGAUUUCGAGAGUUGAUAAUGCAAGAUUUGAAUUUUUAAAUACGAACGCACUUCACUUACCUUCUACCAUUUUUCCGUGGACUUCAUGGCUACCCUUGCAAUACUAAUAUGUAGAUUGUAUUUUAUGAUUGGUACGAAAAUGUCUUGCAUAUAAAUUGUAAUUAUAAAGUAAACGUUUAUAUACACAUCAUUUAUAGUAUAAUGAAUUUGUUGGGAAAAGAAUGAAUUAGGUACAACUUGGAUUAAAUGGAAAAGAAAAAAAUGUAUUUAUUCGCAUAUAUUAGCUAAAUAUAUAUAUUUUCGUUUUCACAUAAAUCUUGAUUUUCUUUGAAUUAAUUUCAUUUCAUGAUAGUUUUUA